GCUCGAUUUAGUCGGUGUAACGCACUCGACGCGAACAGACUAAACGUAAAUAAACAUUUUGAAUACGAAAUAAAUGAAUAAAAUUAAGCACAAAACAUAAAUUAAAAAGGAAAUAAAUUAUAAUAAAAUAAAUUAUAAUAAAAUAAAACCAUCUUAGGCUCCAAGUUGUACGCCGCGAUCAGCAGUUUCCAUACGACACUCAGCGCACUUUUCACCUUUCUUUCAGUCAGCCUUAUUAGUUGUUUUGUUAUUGUUGUUCUGCAUUGAAAAACGCGUGUUUUUUUUUUAAGCGCAAACGUCGAGACGACUGGGAAGACAGACACCGCAGCACAACAUAAAGGUGGUUUGCGAGCUGACAAGAACACGCCAGCUGCCACUUGGCCAUUGCAGCGCAGCGCCAUUCUAAUUGACGUCUGCAGUGAAAAUUUGGGAAAAGCAGACCACGUUGCAUUUAGAUUUCUUUUCGCAGAUUUAGCAUACAUUGCCACACACAGAACCGUUAGCGACGCUGCCGGCUGCUAUUAUCGGCGAACACUUCCCAGCCACGCAUUUUUGCAGCAUUCUUGUUGUUGUUGCUCUCGUUGUGCGUGGGGCUGUAAAAAUAACGAAGCGUCGUACUGUGUUGGCACUUCUGAGAUCACAUUUCUUUUGUUGUUGUUGGUGUUGUUGAUCGUGCUAUAUAAAAUCUUUUUAUACGCGCCACUUUUUGUUGCUAUUGUACGGGUGAAUUUACGCGGCGACAACAACCAGUUGACCGCAUUUGGCGCCAAUGAAAAAUUACAACAACAGCAACAGAGCGGCGAACACAAAACGUAAAGAAGGAAAAUUCGGAGCGCGGUUCGCGUGAUGCGUGAAAAGUGAAAGUGCAAUGAAGUGUAUUUUCUAAUUGGCAAACAACAACAAAACACAACUACCAAUUCAAUGAACAUUAAAAGUGUGUAGCAAAAAAAAAAAAAUUAAUAAAAAAAAAAUACUAAUAAAUAAAAUUUGAGAAAUAAUUUUGAAAUUUUUUUACGAAAAAUUUUUUUGCUAAAUAUUCAAAACAAAAAUUAUAAAUUAACCACUUUCUCAAAUCAAACAACCGUUAUUCGUUCACUAACAAUACGAGAACCAAUAUCCAAACAAUGACGGCAAAACUGAAAUCUGAAUGUAAUGAGAAGGCAAAGGAGAGUAUCAGCGAAGAGAAGUUAAAAGAUUUGCUCACCGAACAGUUGGAACGUGUUGGCACUGGCGGCGCUUUUGUUUGGAGCCUCUUUUUUCUCUGCGUUACACCGAACAUACUCAAUGGCUUUCACGUGUCUUCCUACACACUACUGGGCCACUUACCCGAAGAUCAAUGGUGUGCCGUCGGCAAUCUGAAGUCGACCAAUUGGACCGUGGAGCAACAGCGUAACAUAGCACAGAGUAAUCUCAAUACAGAUGGUUGCACCAUAUGGCAGUAUGACUAUCCGAAACUGGCGGCUAUGACUUACGAAGAGGCACUGCACUACACCACACAACAAACGGCGAACGGCAAGCCGGCAGAGAUACCAUGCAAAAUGGAAGGUGAAUACGCGUAUACAGAUGCCGAGACCACAUUUGUGGCCGACUGGGAUUUGGUAUGUGAGAAUGCCAUACAACGUACCACAGCGCAGGUUGCCAUAUCGUUGGGAAAAUUUUUCGGCUCCUUCUCGUUUGGCAUAUUCGCAGAUAGAUUUGGUCGCAAAACUGCCUUCACUGUAGGCGCUAUCCUUUACAUUGUGGCGAGCUUAUUAUGCACCUUUUCACCGUGGUAUCAGCUCUUCUUAGUGGGCCGUUUUGGUUUGGGUGCGGCCUCCUCGGCGCUCUUCUAUCCCGCUUUUGCAAUGAUUGUGGAGAACGUGUGCCUGCGACAUCGCUCCUGGAUGUCGAUCGCCUUUUCGGGCUCCUAUCCAAUUGGCUUGAUCAUGCUUGCGGCGAUCGCAUAUCUGGUGCCACAAUGGCGCUAUGUGCAGUUGGCGCUCACAAUGCCGGCGCUUUUGCUCUUCUUUAAUUGCUAUUUGAUGAAUGAAUCGCCACGUUGGCUUAUAACGAAGAAACGCUACGCUCAGGUCUACAGAAUUUUAUUCAAAGAGGAAUGCCAUUAUGAAAUUCAGAAAGCGCCCAUUGAAGCCAACACCGAUAAGAAAGCCGAGGCACAGCCUGAGGCAGCGACAACACUUUGGGUUAAAUUAAGAGAAGGCCCAUUCAAACAAUUCCAUGAACUUUUUGGCACAUGGAAGGUGCGUCGUCUCAUAUUUACCGCAUAUUUUAUGUUUUGUGUCACCUCACUCAGUUACUAUGUCACAGCGCUGAAUGCCGCCAAUAUGUCGGUGAGUCGUUUCAUUUAUGUUGGCAUUACCGGUAUAGUGGAUCUGCCCUCAUAUCUGUUGCCGGUAAUAAUGUUGCGUUUCACGGGUCGUCGCACGACUACAAUGUCACUGUUUAUGCUAACCGGAGUGGCCUUAUUGAUGGUGUUGGCUGUGCCCAGCGACAAUGCUGUAUGGAUAAUAUCCUUUGCUAUGUUGGGUCGUUUCGGUAUUACCGCUACAUAUUCCAUUGUUACCCUAUAUACUGCCGAGCUAUUUCCCACCGAAAUAAGAAAUUCUGCUUUAGGCACAUGCUCAACGUGGGCGCAUGUGGGCUCCAUCUCAGCGCCAUACGUGGUGGAUGUGCUGGGCUUACUUGGCUGGUAUAUUCCAACGACUAUUUGCGGUUGCUGUGUGUUAGUAGCCGGUCUGCUCACGCUCACUCUACCCGAAACCAGUACCCACAAACUGGUGGAUCGCGUUGAGGAAGUACCCUCUGAAUCGGAAUCGAGCACUGAAGACAACACAACUUCUACUACUGUGGCCAAAGCGAAAGAAAUCGAAAGUUCUAAUAAAAUUUAGUUUUUUUUUUUUAAUACAUACUUAUUUUUGCACAUACACAUAUUUCUUAUAUAUAAGUACAUACAUACAUAAGUAAAUAAUUAUAAAAUAUUUACACUUGUGUCAAUUAGAAAUUGCAAUAGGUUUGCAAAUGUUCCAUUGUUUGUAUUUUAAGAUAGCUUAUAAAUUAACAACUAAGAUAAACGCAACAUAUUAUGGCUAGUGUUAUAUAUUAUAUAUAAUUUAUAUAAUUUGAGUGAUUAAAU